ACGGCCACGGGGGCUGCGACGGGACCGACUGGGACCGACUGAUGGAGCACUGGCAGCCCGUCUUCCAAGGCAAGUUAGUGGACACCGUGGCUGCGGAGCACUACCUCGACUGCGGUGCGCUCAAGAUCGAUUUCAACAGAUACCAGCCUCCCGAAUGCGACGCGCUGAAGAGGUUCGCGAACAGAUCAUCCCCCACUUCUCCUGGCAUGGACGGGCCCCCCUACAUUGCGCGGUCCGCGGCUGAGAAGUGCACUGAGACCCUCUGGCAGGCCAUGACUUGGAUGCUCAGCGUCCUGGGGCCUCGGAACACCUCCCUCAAGAUCACCAACAACACGAUGAACGCUGCGAUGGCCGCGAUGGCUGCCGACGUGGCCUCAGCGUCGCAGCGCGGGGUCACCCGCCGCCGCGGCUUCGGCUACAACAUCUUCGAGCUGGACGUCGAGAGCCGCAUGGCGUCCGCCGACCCCAACGCCAUGACCAAGCUGCCUGCGUUGGUGUCGCUGGACAUCGCGCAGGCCUUCCUGAGCUUCGCCCACCAGUUCAUCCGCUUCGCGCUGAAGGUGAUGGGCGCGCCUGGAGCUGCUUCGAAAUUCUUUAACUCUAUGUGCCACGACGUCCUCGCGAUGGCCCCGCGCGCGGGCUCGGACGUUCCGCUCUUCUACAUCCGCUCGGGCAUCCGCCCAAGGAUGCGGGUGGAGCGGCGCCCUCUCUACGCGAUGGGCAGCUUCUGCUUCCUCCUGGGCCUCGAGCAGAAGCUCGACCCAGCCCGAGGCUCGCUGCAGUUAUCCAUCUCGCGCACCCGGAAGGGGGAGCUCAACAUCUGCGACCGCUUGACCUAUCUCGGUAUUCCUCUGGGGCCCAGGGCAUCCGAGUGCUUGGUCUACGAGAAGGCCUUCCAGAAGUUCCGCUGGCGCACCAAGAUGUGCAGUGCCAGCGACGCCCCCUCCAUGGGAUCCGCACAGUUGUUCAAUAGCCGUGCCCUACCUGUCCUCAGCUACAUCGCCCAGUGCGUGAUGCUGCCCCACGAGUCUUUCAAAGUCGAGAACUGGGUCAAUGCCUCCGCCUUGAGGUUCACCAACGGUGCGUUCAAGGUCAAGGACUGGCCGAGGCUGCGAGACUGGGGCGCGCAUGCUCCAAGGUCCAUGCAGCUCGCGCUGAUUGCCGCGAUCGUCCGAGCUGCCACUGCUACCUUCCACAAGUUCCCCGAGAUUCGCGAGCGCCCCCACCGGGGCCUCGACCUGGGCGGGGAUGACCGGGCCCUGUUGGGCGAGGCUCGGGCUGCCCAACAUCUCUCGCAGCCCUGGUGGAAAGCGCCGCCAGUCGUCGAGACGUUCCACCAGAUCGUGUCCGCGGAGACGGACCACCGCUACUACUCGCCCACGCUGCUGGCCCCUGCCCUCGAGGCCGCGAGGGCGUCACUCGCAGCGGGCAAGCCUGCCCGCGUCCAGCGGCUGGCGUGCGCUGCGGCGAGGCGCGCGAUGGGCGCGGGCGAGAUUGGCUCGUUCUCGAUGAAGCGGGUCAAGAUCGAGCUGCCCGACCUCGAGGACUUCUUCGCGAACGACCCCGAGAUGUUCGACAGGAUGAAGAUCGCCAUGAAGAAGCUGCCGCCGUCGUGGGCAGCGACGUGGAUGAGGACGCUGUCUUUUUCGCGGCUGCCAUCGAUCAGG